AAUGACAUUUGUUUUGGAGGAAGUUGCCCGGGGAUUGAGCACGCGUGCAAAGGAAAGGCUCAUUUUCCCCCCUUUUAAUGCAAUGCAAAAUUUUAUUUGCAAAAUAAAAUAAAAUAAAAUAAAAUGGGGAAGAAAAGCAAGAAGGAGAAGAAGGUGAAAGGAGCCCAGAAAACUGCAGCCAAAAUGGAGAAGAAAGUCUCCAAAAGAGCCAAGAAGGAAGAGGAAGAUUUGGAAGCCCUAAUUGCGGAAUUCCAAACUCUGGAUGCGAAAAAGACGCAGGUGCUGGAGACGCCGUGCUCUCCGCCAUCGCCAAGGCUGAACGCAUCUCUGUCCUCGCACCCCGAGAAAGACGAACUCAUUCUCUUUGGAGGUGAAUAUUUCAAUGGCCAAAAAACCUUUCUUUACAACGAUCUCUAUAUUUACAAUAUCCGGAAGGACAGCUGGACUAAAGUCGACAUCCCGAACCCUCCUCCGCCGCGAUGCGCUCACCAGGCUGUAGCUGUGGCUCAAGGAGGCGGGCAGCUUUGGGUCUUUGGCGGUGAAUUCGCAUCACCCAACGGAGAGCAGUUUUACCAUUACAAAGACCUCUGGGUCUUGCAUUUGGCCACCAAGACCUGGGAGCAGAUCAAGGCCUCCGGAGCUCCGUCGGGUCGGAGCGGACACCGUAUGGUGGCCUGCAAGAGACAACUGGUCGUCUUCGGUGGUUUCCAUGAAAGCGCCAGAGACUACAUCUACUACAACGACGUCUAUGCCUUUAACCUGGACUCCUUUACCUGGUCCAAGGUGUCUCCUUCGGGGUUGGCUCCAGCGCCGAGGUCCGGCUGCCACUUGGCCACCUCUCCCGAGGGCAACGUUGUGGUCUAUGGAGGCUACUCCAAGCAGAGAAUCAAGAAGGACGUGGACAAGGGGACCCUCCACUCGGAUAUGUUCCUGCUGAAGGCCGAAAGCAGCCCAGAGAAAUGGUCCUGGUCUCGGCUGAGCCCUUCUGGGGUGAAGCCUCCGCCUCGGUCGGGCUUCUCGGUGUCCGUGGGCCCCAACCACCGGUCCCUCCUCUUUGGCGGCGUCCACGACGAGGAGGACGAGGAGCAGCUCGAGGGAGACUUCUUCAACGACAUCUAUUUCUACGACCUGGCCAAGAACCGGUGGUUCCCUGGGCUGUUGAAGGGCCCCAGGUCUGAGAAGAAGAAGCGAAGGCGAGGAGCGGCGACGGAGGAAGCGCAUGGAGACGGUGAAGCGGCAUUGCAGCCGCCUCCAGGUCCCUUGGAGAUCGUGAAGGAAGUGGUGGCCGAAGACGGGACCGUGAUGACCAUCAAGCAAGUGGUCUCCAUCCCAGAGGCCGAAGCCCAGAAGUCGGAGGAGGAGGAGGAAGAGGAGGAGGAGGAAGCGGCGGAUGAGGCCUCCGGCCAGUUGGUGGAGCCGUGUCCGCGGUCCAACGCCAUGCUGGCGGUCAAGCAUGGGACCCUCUAUGUAUUCGGUGGGAUGUUCGAAGUGGGAGACCGCCAGUUCACCUUGAAUGACCUCUACGCCCUCGACCUCCACAAGAUGGACGGGUGGAAGGUCCUGGUGGAAAUGGACCCCAAAACUCAGGAAUGGCUUGAAGAAUCCGAGUCUGACGAAGAGGGAGAUGCGGAAGGUGCUGAAGGAGGAGAAGAAGACGAGGAGGAGGAGGAAGGUUCUGAUGAUGAUGAUGAUGAUGAGAGUGAAGAUGAAGAGGAGGAAGAGCACCCGGUUGUCCAGAAGGACGAGACCUAUGCGGAUUAUCUCUCCCGGACGGAGCCGUAUUGGGUGAAGGUGGCCCGCCGGAACAUGGGCCCCGAAGCCAAGGAGAAGAAGACCGUGAAAGUGGGGCACGCCAUGGCAAAGGCCUUCUAUGAAGGGUCGGCGUAGCUCAAGACGCUUCCUGAGCAUUGCUGUAACGGUUGUGUUGCCAUUGGGAUCAGACACUACUACGUCCUCUUCUUGGCAGUGCAUGAUGGGCUCCGUUAUGCCUGAAGGAUCCCGUUGUUGCUUUGGAGACUGGCUGAAUAAAUAAUGUUUUUUUAAAAUACUGUGUUCGAAAGACACAUAUUUCAUCACCUAUUAUUCGCACAUCAUCAAAAAAAGGGAUGCGACUAUUAUGUGAGAAAAAAAUGUUUUUAAGAAAAUAAAAUGCCUGAAGGAUCCUGUUGUUGCUUUGGAGACUGGCUGAAUAAAUAAUGUUUUUUAAAAAUACUGUGUUCGAAAGACACAUAUUUCAUCACCUAUUAUUCACACGUCGUCAAAAAAAAGGGAUGCAACUAUUACGUGAGGAAAAAUGUUUUUAAGAAAAUAAAAUGCCUGAAGGAUCCCGUCGUUGCUUUGGAGACUGGCUGAAUAAAUAAUGUUUUUUUUAAAAUACUGUGUUCAAAAGACACAUAUUUCAUCACGUAUUAUUCACACGUUGUCAAAAAAAAGGGAUACGACUAUUAUGUGAGGAAAAAAUGUUUUUAAGAAAAUAAAAUGCCUCACCUAAUGUUUUUAAAAACUAUGUUCGAAAGAGUUUUAAGGCCGUUUGAAUGUUGGACUGGAUGGCCCGUGAGGUCUCUUCCAACUCUACGAUUCUAUGAUCCUUAGGCAUUUGGGGAUGAAUUGCAGCCACAGAAAAGCAGCUUUUUCGGGUCAUUAAGAGAGAAAAUGGCCCUUUGCCCACCUCUGUUGCGGAGCUACUCGCCUCUAGUUGUACUGCGAAGAAUCCCGUGAUCUUACAGAUCAUAUAUUGGUUGUUAAAAUUGGAGAAUAUACCCUAUUUCAUCACAUAUUAUUGACACAUCAUCAAAAAAAGGGAUGCGACUAUUACGUGAGGAAAAAAUGUUUUUAAGAAAAUAAAAUGCCUUACUUUUGAAGGGAAAGGAAGAGGGAUGAUCCAGUCUCAAAUAAACACUUUUUCUGUUUUUUUUAAAAACCAUAUAGCUGCAAUAAAUCUGCUGACCGAGAGGUCAUGAGUUCGAAACCAGCCCGGGUCAGAUUGAGCGCCCGACCAUUAAAUAGCCCAGCUCGUUGUUUACCUAAGCAACCCAAACAAUAGUUGCGUCUGUUGAGUAGGAAAUUUUAGGUACAGCCUUAUGCGGGGAGGCUAAUUUAAUGUACGUAACCAUUUGGAUUGAGUGCCCGACCAUUAAAUAGCCUAGCUUGUUGACCUAAGCAACCCGAAAGGCAGUUGCAUCUGUCAAGUAGGAAAAUGUAGGUACCGCUUUAUGCAGGGAGGCUAAUUUAAACUAAUUCACGUCACCAUUUGGAUUGAGCCCCCAGCCAUUAAAUAGCCUAGCUCGUUGUUGACCUAAGCAACCUGAAAGAGUUGCAUCUGUCAAGUAGGAAAAUUUAGGUACUGCUUAUGCGGGGAGGCUAAUUUAAACUAAUUCACAUCACCAUUUGGAUUGAGUGCCCGACCAUUAAAUAGCCUAGCUCGUUGUUGACCUAAGCAACCCGAAAAACAGUUGCAUCUGUCAAGUAGGAAAUUUUAGGUACCGCUUAUGCGGGGGAGGCUAAUUUAACUAAUUUACGUCACCAUAAAAACAUCCAUCAGCAUUUUGUGGAAGAAUGAGGAAGCACUCCACCAAGGACUCUGUUUCACAGUGGAUGAUGAGCAGCAGCUCCCCCUGUGGCCGGAAUCGAGAAUACUCAUGAAGCUGGAAGCUGGAAAAUGUUAAAUUGCCUCUGUGUCUGUCUAUAUAAUGUCGUAUGUCUAAUGGCAUUGAAUGUUUGCCGUGUAUAUGUGCAUUGUGAUCCGCCCUGAGUGCACUCUGGGAUGAGAAAGAAGGGCGGAAUAUAAAUAUUGUCAAUAAAUAAAUAAAUGCCUGCCAUAGACCCAUGGGACCUGUGGUCUCUGGAAUAUACUAGCAUGCUUCAGUGCGCAUGAGUCCCAGAAAGCUUGGCAUGAUUGACAAACCUGCAUUAGCAUCUCAGUUAUAAUAUUGAACAGGUGAGCUGUGUUGGAGUCGGAUAUUUUCGGUGGGUGAAUAUGGGCGGUUUUGAUGCGCUCUGCCCUUGAUGUGCCGUGCGCAUUUCGGAAGGAAUGCUGCACAUUUCGGAGUUAAACCUCGCCCCGAAAACCCCGAAAAGGAAGAAGAAAAAUACAAUAUGGAACAGGUGAGCUGUGUCGGAGUCGGAUAUUUUCGGUGGGUGAAUAUGGGCGAUUUUGAUGCGCUUUGCUCUUGAUGCGCCAUGCACAUUUCGGAAGGAACGCUGCGCCCUUGAUGCGCCAUGCGCAUUUCGGAGUUAAACAUCGCCCCGAAAAACCCCAAAAAGGAAGAAGAAAAAGACCCGAGGCAGGAGGCAUCUUACAAAGAUGUUUUGAACCAUACCAAAAUUAAGUGAUACAUAGAGGAAGAGAAACAAAACAAAACAAAACAAACCGACGGAAAUUAUAUAUAUAUAUAUAUAUAUAAAAAAAAGAAGAAGAGCAUUACGUACUCGGAGGCUGCUGUUGUUGUCAAUGAUGUUUUUUUGUUUGUUUGUUUUUUGUACAGGGAUUAUGUCGGAAGCUGGAAUAUACAUCCUGCGGACAAAGUGCAAAAAUAUUACAUGCUCAGAGGCCAAGCAUGAGACGCCUGGACGUGGCCCGUGGCAAGAUGGAACGGGGAGGGAGGGGGGGACCUCCGGACCCCUCCCCAAAACGCAGGCCAGACCCCGCUUUUUCCUCCGGCAAACCUCCCACAACCAGGACCCGAUUACUUUCCGGACCGGACCCCCUUAAUUCCAUGCAUCUCGUUCCAAGUCUCGUCGAAACACUCAAAUUGAUUUGGUUCUCUUUGUAAGAAAUGGAAAAAUAGGUGAAGGUUUAACACAGCUGUGAUGCAGCAGCUAAAAAGGCCAAUGCCAUUGGGGUUGUAUGUUUUCCGGGCUGUCUGGACAUGUUCUAGAAGCAUUCUCUCCUGACGUUUUGCCCACAUCUAUGGCAGGCAUUCUCAGAGGUUGUGAGGCAUGGAGAAACUAAGUAAGGAAAGUAAAGAAUAUAUAUAUCUGUGGAGAGUCCAGGGUGAGAGAACUCUUUGUCAGUGGAGGCCAGUGUGAAUGUUGUAGUUAAUCACCUCAAUUAGCAUUGAAUAGCUUCAUCUCCUGGCUUCCUGCCUGGGGGCAUCCUUGGUUUAAUAAUAAUAAUAAUAAUAAUAAUAAUAAUAAUAAUAAUAUAACAUGCCCUGGCAGAAUAUGUAAAGCAAAGUGAAGAACCUGCUUUGAUUGAAGUCAAAAAUCAGAAACUCCUCAAAGCACAGCAGACAAAAAAAUCAGUACAAGAAAACCGCACUACAAACUAGAGCUGACAAGAAAACUCAUGACCAUUCAUUAUUCACUGCACCCUCGCAGUGAUGUUGACCGGCUAUAUCUGCCUAGAAGAUCAGGUGGCAGAGGACUCUUACAAGUCAAACAAGCAGUCAAAGAAGAAGAACAUGCCCUGGCAGAAUAUGUAAAACAAAGUGAAGGAUCUGCUUUGAUUGAAGUCAAAAAUCAGAAACUCCUCAAAACAGAGCAGACAAAAAAAUCAGUACAAGAAAACCGCACUACAAACUAGAGCUGACA